AUGCCUUGUCCACUUCAAGCGAUUGGUGGGACCAUAAACGAAAAUUUCCGUGGAUCGUGCUGUGUCUCGUUCGCGCGUUCUCUGCUAUUCCAUCCACCUGACGACUGGGACAACACACCUUUCACAACAAAUACCGGUGAAUUGCAGCACCACUGGACAAAGGAACAUACUGGCAAAAAGCUCGCUUUUGUUGUUGGCACAGAGAGCGCUCGGACCCUUGACCACAAUGUUCUCCGCGAUGUCACCGGCUCAAAGGCCAGCAGUGUUCUUUCGAAUCCGCUCAACGAGUCCUCCAAUCGUCGCGGUCGUGCCCUUUCUCGCAACUUCAGCAAAAUGCAAAAGUCGGGGCUGGCAACUCGAAGGCUGCAGCUGCUCCGAAGCGUCGGCCUCGCGGACGAGCUGCUGAGGCCGAAAGCAGCUCAAGUGGGAGGGUCAAGUCGACUUCAUACACUGCUCGACCAGUAA